CCAUUCAUACAUAUCCUUCUCAACCAAACCAAAGCAACAACUUUGUCAUCUUCUUUUCUUUUGUGUUUGCUUAUGAUGAUGUUAGGCAAAAGCUUUAAACAAGUUCCACAAACAUACCAUGGAAGACAUGUUGGGCACACAAAAGGGUGUAUUGCAAUAAAGGUGGGUCAUGGAGAAGAUCAACAAAGAUUUACAGUACCAUUGAAUUACCUGAAUCACCCACUUUUUGUUAAGCUACUUAAGGAGGCAGAGGAAGAGUAUGGUUUUGCUCAACAAGGAACUAUAAUUAUCCCUUGUCAAGUUGAGGACUUUAAGGACAUUCAACACAUUAUUCAUGCCGACAAUAAGUUACUCCAACACCAACAUCCCCUUGUUGGCUGUUUCAGGGCUUGAUCUCUCAAAACAACACAUACAUAACCAUAUCUAAUUAGGAUAUUUAAUUAAUUAAAGUAUCUAGCUAGCUUAAUUAUUUUGUAAACCUUUAUUAGGAAGUGUCAUUUUUUAUAUUUUUCUUUCAUCAUGGACAUAUUGGUCCUAGAUGAACUACUGAAAAUUCAUCAUGUAUACAAGGUAUAGAUAAAAUGAACAACAAGUUUCUAGCUUGAGACUUCAAAAUACUAGAUAUGAAGCUCUGAAUCACUUCUAUGAAACUAGUUUUUAUCUAUGUUAUUGAACUAUACAUUCGAGGGGAGUUUAUGCACCUUUUGAAUGAAGAGAAAUAAAAUAUUCUCUUUCUCUCUCUUUAA